AUGGCGGCUAUUCUGGGUUACGGAGGGAAAAGUGUUCCUCGAGGGUUUAAGAAUGACCACCCAUCUCCUUCUGGUGUACUCAAUGCCAGGAACAAGAUUGUUCCUAAAGCCGAAAACGAUAAUAAUAAAAAUAGAGAGAUUUUAAUGGAAGUUGAGACCUUCAGUUUCUACGGAGAUUUGGGGAUAUGUAAACAUAUAAAAUCAGUAUUGGAAACUAAAGCUAGAGAUACAGUGUUCCUGACUUAUAAGCAGGCUGUUAAGAUCUCUCAAAUGAAAAAGAGUGAAGAUGUGAUAAAUAUAUACAAGAGUGACGGCAGUGUUAUCCCUAACAGUAAGUUGGUUGAAUUGAAGACAAAUGCAUUGAAAUGUACGGAUUGUUCUAUGUGUAAUAUGAAUACAUGUAUGAUAUGUCUACAGUGUCCUCAUGUUGGAUGUCUUUCACUGAAUCACGCAAAACUUCAUUAUCAAAAGAUUAAUCACUUAUUUGCCAUAGACUCAUCCAAUGGACUCCUUUUCUGUUUUCAGUGUGGAGAUUAUGUCAAUCACUCAGAGUUAGAAACCAUUAGACGAAAUGAACUUUACAGAUUAGCAGGUAAAAUAGACAGCGAUGAUGAUGAUAAUGAUAAUGAAGAAGGUGAAGAAAAUGAAGACUCUAUUGAAGAUGUGGCGUCGCACUACAAACCACCAUUAGCCGUAGCUGUGAAUGGACUCAGAGGGUUCAUUAACUUGGGCUCUACAUGUUUCAUGAGUGCUAUACUUCAGACAUUGGUUCAUAAUCCUAUUAUCAAGUAUCAGUUUUUCAAUAAUGACGUGCAUUUCCUAAACUGUGAGAGCAAUCUUCUUUAUAGUGAAGGUGUUGGAAGUCUCAAUGAAUCCAACUCGUGUAUCACGUGCAGCAUCGACCAUAUCUUCAAAGAGUUUUACACAUCAACAGAACAUGGAGGGUUUGGAAUGACCAAUUUAUUGGCCACCGCGUGGUAUAAGAAGAAAUCAUUAGCCGGAUUCCAGGAGCAAGAUGCCCAUGAGUUUUGGCAGUUUCUUUUAAAUGAGUUUCAUAGUGAUUACGAAAGAGUGACUGGACAGAAUCAUUCCGGUGAAGAUUGCAAAUGUAUAACCCACACAACGUUUCAUGGAGAAUUACAAAGUUCUAUUCGGUGUACAUCAUGUGACUCGGUCACCACUACCAUUGAUCCAAUGAUUGACGUCAGUUUAGAGAUCAAGAAAUCCAAAAACUCAAAAGACACUAUAUCGCUAUAUGAUUGUCUUGAUUUAUUCACUCAAGAAGAACGGUUGGACACAAUGUAUACUUGCAAACAUUGUGGAGAGAAGACUAAUGCAUACAAGUCAUUGAAAGUGAACAAGACACCGCCAGUGUUCAGUAUACAACUUAAACGGUUUGAACAUAUUUUGCACAAUGACACUUCCAACAAGUUAGACAUACCAGUUAAGGUACCACUAUAUUUAAAUCUAACAAAGUACAUUGUUGGGAACAACCAACAGAAUGAAAUAGGAGAAAAGUAUAUCUACGAAUUAUUUGCAUUGGUUACACACAUCGGGUCGGUCAAUACAGGACAUUAUAUUGUGCUCAUUAAGCAAGGAGAUGGACAAUGGCUCAAGUUUGAUGAUUCUGUCAUCACUCUUGUAUCUCAAAAGGAAGUGGAUAACACACCUGCUUACUUGCUUUAUUACAUAACACAUAGGAUUUAA